CAGUAAACAGCCCAUUUGCAUGCGUGUUCCAGUACGGGGUGCUCUUCUUCGGCGACGGAAGCGCAGGCAUUGCUGACGUCAGUAAGCAAUACGUCUGCAAAGGGCCCGACCAGUUAUCAACGACUACGACCCGGACGACAUGGAGCACGUCCAUGACAACAACCACCCAAAGAUACGACCCUUACAACGUCAGAUACCCGGACCUUUGCCAGAUGUGGUAUUUUCAUGUCGUCAACGACACUACGACAGCGGGUCGCCAGGAGGCUUGCUUUACUGCAGCCGACUCAAUGGUAAGCGUCGCAGCUUGGGGACAGGGCUUCAUCAGCCUGCUUCCCGGGACAACUCUCGGAGGCUGCAUCUUCACCCUCGGCGGUGACAUCAUCAAUUUCUACGACAGGGAUGCCCAAAAUGCCUACGAGAUUUGGCUCGACACUUGCGAUGGCCUGACCACAUCAACCGAGUCGUCCACCACCACAGCGUCCGGUACAUCCACAGAGUCGUCCACCACCGGGAGUUCAAGUAAGACCCUCUCUUUGACCACAGAGACCUCUUCCACGACAGUGACAUCCAUAACGGAGACCUCUACAUCGACCAAGAGUAUGACAUCUCGGACUUCCACUACGACUGCGAGUACGACAUCUGGAACCUCUUCCACGACAUUGUCAUCGGCAACAGCGACCUCGAUGACGACAGUGACUACGACAUCCAAGACCUCCAGCUCGACGAUUUCUACGACCACGACAGUGUCGACGGUAACGGAGACGUCAUCUACUAUUACGAGUACGACAUCGUGGACCUCUUCCACGACCGAAUCGUCGACAAGUGAGACUUCCAGUAAGACUUUCAGCACGACUUCUGACACCUCGUCGACUACACGGACGUUCUCCACAACUGUGUCUACGACAUCCGCGACAUCCAGCAGCACUGCGACUACGACAUCUGCUUCGUCUUCGACCACGCACACGUUUGGCGCAUACGUUCGCUACGUCUGCAAAGGAGAACAGCAGACGACCGCAACCACGGAGUCGUCCACGAGCACGGCUUCCAGCCAAACGGAGAGUUCCAGCACGACCGUUUUUACGACCACCGAGACAUUGUUCACGACACUGUCAACGAAAACAGAUACCUCAACCACGACCGCGAUCUCGUCAUCCGAUUCCUCCAGUACGACUAUUUCAACGAAGACAGAUACGUCUACCAAUACCGUGACCACGAUGUCGGAUACAUCUAGCAUGACAGCAACACAAACAAGCAUGUCGGACACCUCCACCAAAACCAGGACCUCUGACACGACACUGUCAACGAAAACAGAUACCUCAACCACGAUUGCGAUCUCGUCAUCCGAUUCCUCUAGUACGACUAUUUCAACGAAGACAGAUACGUCUACCAAUACCGUGACCACGAUGUCGGAUACAUUUAGCAUGACAGCAACACAAACAAGCAUGUCGGACACCUCCACCAAAACCAGGACCUCUGACACGACACUGUCAACGAAAACAGAUACCUCAACCACGAUUGCGAUCUCGUCAUCCGAUUCCUCUAGUACGACUAUUUCAACGAAGACAGAUACGUCUACCAAUACCGUGACCACGAUGUCGGAUACAUUUAGCAUGACAGCAACACAAACAAGCAUGUCGGACAGCACAGCGCAGGUUGGGACGACUGGCGACGCCGCUACGACAGCGCCCGAGGAGUCGACCUCUCCCGUGGCUGAGACCACAGGUGCCAUUAGUACAAUACCACCCGUAGAUGGCACUGCGACCAGCACAAGUGGCACCAUUGCCGCGCAGAGCAGCACCGGCGCAAUCAGCACCACUGCGACCAGCACCACUGCGACCAGCACCACUGCGACCAGCACAAGUGGCACCACUACCACGCAGAGCAGCACCAGCGUAACCAGCACCACUGCGACCAGUUCCAGUAUCACCGCGACUAGCACCACUACGCCGCUUUACGUCGUAAUGACUUCCAUAUGGUUUGAAAGCUCUGGUUCCGAAGAGGAGGUGACAAAUGCGGUGACUUCUCAUCUAUUGAACUUCUACGAGAUAGCUGAGGAACAAUUGUCUGUAGCUGUCGUCGCUAACGCGUCCGCAUCCUCAUCCAGGAGACUUUCCAGCUCGUAUGAUAUCGAUGUUGAGAUAGUCGCCCCCAUCGAUGCUGCCCAGCAAAUCUUGGAUGUGACAGUCAGUAUUGUCAAUGAUACAGCUAAUUUCACAGAGUCUAUGCAAGCAACUUUCCAGUCGAACGGCAUGACUGUGACUGCAUCUUCGAUCAUUAUUGCACCACCAGAAAUGAAGAUUGUUACUGCCACCAUGACAACCGUGAGUGCCACCCAGACUAGUGCGACGGCAACCACCAUCUCUCUGACGAGCAGUACCAGCUCGACCAGCAGCACUGGAACCAGCACUGCGACCCGCAUCACUCAGACGAGCACCGCGACGUUCACAAUCACAGUAUCUGACACUAGCAUAACCACGACCAGUGCGAUCAGUACGAGCAUGACCCAGACAAGCACCGCUGGCACGACAUCCGUGACCUCUACCACGACAGUGACAUCGGAAACAUAUUAUACGACCGUGCCAACGGCAACAGACACCUCCGUCACGACGACAAUUUCAUCGGCUGGCACUUCGGCGACCAACAAUUUCAGCACAUCAGUGUCAUCUCCACCCGGAGACAGCACAUUUCAGGUGCCGUCAGUGCAACACCACCCGGAGACAGCACAUUUCAGGUGGACGCCUUUACGACAGCGCCCGAGGAUUCGACCUCUCCCGUGGUGGGGACGACAGAUGCCGUCAGUACAGCACCACCCGGAGACAGCACAGCUCAGGUAACGACUGUGAGCACCGUAUCGACGACCUCCAGCACAACAGUAUCAACGAAAACAGGGACUUCCAGCACCACUGGCACGUCCAGCACGACAGUGCCAACUGAAACAGAAACUUCCGUCACAACUCGAAGUGUGACUUCCGAGACGUCGAGCAGCUCAGAGUCAACGAAAACCGAGACUUCCAGUAUGAUUGCAAGCACGACCUCCAUGAGUGGCACGACUGCGAGUAUGACUUCAGCUACGUCUAGCAGGACGGUCACAUCGAGCACAUCUAUUUCGACACUGUCAACGAAAACAUUGACUUCAUUAACGACUGUGAGCACCGUAUCGGCGACCUCCAGCACAACAGUAUCAACGAAAACAGGGACUUCCAGCACCACUGGCACGUCCAGCACGACAGUGCCAACUGAAACAGAAACUUCCGUCACAACUCGAAGUGUGACUUCCGAGACGUCGAGCAAUUCAGAGUCAACGAAAACCGAGACUUCCAGUAUGACUGCAAGCACGACCUCCAUGAGUGGCACGACUGCGAGUAUGACUUCAGCUACGUCUAGCAGGACGGUCACAUCCAGCACAUCUAUUUCGACACUGUCAACGAAAACAUUGACUUCAUUAACGACUGUGAGCACCGUAUCGACGACCUCCAGCACAACAAUAUCAACGAAAACAGGGACUUCCAGCACCACUCGCACGUCCAGCACGACAGUGCCAACUGAAACAGGAACUUCCGUCACAACUCGAAGUGUGACUUCCGAGACGUCGAGCAACUCAGAGUCAACGAAAACCGAGACUUCCAGUAUGACUGCAAGCACGACCUCCAUGAGUGGCACGACUGCGAGUAUGACUUCAGCUACGUCUAGCAGGACGGUCACAUCGGGAACAGAGACAUCGAGCAAGUCAGUGUCAACGACAUCUGAGUCUUCUACCACGACUGCGACUAGGACAUCUGGUACUUCUGCCACUACUUGGAGCACGUCAUCCGAAACAUCAACUUCUAGCACGACUGUGACUACAAUAUCCGAUACUUCCAGCAGCACGGGGACCACCCAGAGUUCAAGCACCACUUGGACCACGACGACCAAAACCUCUUCCUCGACGGUGUCUGCAACCACCGGUAGCUCUACUUCGACUGGGACUUCGCCAACCAGGACCUCUACCAAGACGGGAACUACGACAUCCAAGUCUUCCAGAACGAUUGUGUCUACAACCACUGAGACCUUUACAACCACUGAGAUUUCGACAAGCGAGACUUCCAGCAAUACUGGGACUAUGACAAGCGAGACCUCCAGCACGACCAUGUCUUCCAGUACCUCACUGACUAAUAGUUCGGGCACCAUUUCCACGACAAUGUCAUCGACAACAGAGACCUCCGGCACCACAACGGCGACGUCAAGCACGACCGCCUCGCUCACGUCUGGAACUUCGACCUCGACUACAAGUACGUUAUCCCUGACAUCCAGCACGACUCCGAGUACGACGUCUGAGACCUCAAGUGCGAGCUUAUCCUCCACGUCAGUGACCGUGACUGCCACCAUAGAGCGGUUGUCCGAGAUCCGCAGUACCCUUCGGCUUACAUUCGGCACCAACGUCUCCACAGCCGAUGCUGCGGCCGCUGCCCAGCGCGCCGUUGCGUUGUAUCUGAACACGUCGGAAUCGCUGGUCGUCAUCGACGCUGUAACCGUCAAUCAAGCAGGCGCAUCUCGCAGCGGAUGGGGUGCGAGAGCACUCAGCAGCCUCGCAUACGAAAUUGCUUACAUUCUCUUUGUAGGGGGAUCCGACAUUGAGAGGCAGGAAGCAAGCUUGACUGCUCUGUUCCAUGAUACCAGCGCCAUCGCUUCAACACUACAGAUGGUGGUCGAGCAAAUGGGUCUGCCGAAUGUAACAUCCGUACUUGCAACCAUACCAGAAAUUCGAUUGUGGUCUGCACCGGCGACAACACACACGUCAACGACGGAUCUUGGCACGAGCAGCCCAGAGCUACCGAUCGGAGCAUGCGUCGGCGGCCCAGAGUUGCCGACCGGGUAUGAGGUGUGGGAUCCAGGCUGCGUCAAUAUGAGCUACCUGGACGUGUGUAAUAUCUCAUGCUCCGACGGUUACGAACAUCUGGGGGGCCCAGUCCAGAUCGAUUGCUCUGCCACAGCGGGUUACAGCUGGGUCAACGGCUCGGGAGCUUGCACCGAGAAGUCAUGCUACGCGGACUCGGUGCCAGACAUGUGGGGUGUGGCCAGUGCUUCUUCUUGCGUCGGCACUGCAAGCGGCACAAGCUGCUCGCCAGUAUGCAACGACUCGUACGAACUGAUCGAGCCAAUGACGUGCAACAAGGGCCAAUUCGAUGAGCUGCCAUUGAUAUGUGUACCUUCCGAGCACGCAGGGACGCUCGAGGUCGUGGACACACUUUUCAUUGAGAUGACAAUCGCCACCAAUGAGUCCCAGUCGGGUCUCACCGCCGAGUGGGCCAGAAGUGCUGGAGGCGAGGCUGCCAUCAAGAGCUCGAUCGGCAAGACCUUGGGCCUGCUGCAGGGGCAGAUCUUCCUGAAAGGGCAGAAGGACCUGACCUCCGACCGGGGCCCUGCCGCUCCAUCGCAGGGGCUGUUCUUAGAGGUCGUGCUCCAGCCGUACCCGAUUGACAACGUGACAGACCUGGAGAAUCGCAUCCCUGCCCUGGGCGGGGGCAACUUUACCCGCGAGCUCGACGCGGCCCUAAGGAGCUCCGGAACCAGCGCCCUGCCUGGCCUCGCCGCGGCCACGCUCGUCGUCGUGGCGCCCGCGCAGGUCAGCUUCACCCUUCCCGUGGCGCGAUGGGUUGCCCGCGGUGACUGGACGUUGUGCAGCAAUCUCUGCGGCGCGGGCGUGCGCACCCGCAUGGUGGAGUGCCAGGGUGCGUGGGGGAGCGACGCCGUCGACCUGUGCAACGCCAACGCUGCCCCAGGAUUCACCAUGGAGUCGUACAUGCCUGCCUCCGAGUCCUGUGAGCAGUACACAUUGUGCGCCUACGACUGGACCUGCCCAGGCGGCCCAGAUCCUGUGACGGGCGAGGGCUGCGAGGCGCAGGCAUCGGGCGUAGCAGUGGCGCUCUGUGUCACGUUCCUCUGCUGUGUUUGCCUGAUGUGCCGACUGGCCCGGAGAAGGUACAAAACGUUGAUGCCGACAGGCAUCGUGUGGACGAGGGAAGAAGGACUUGACGACGGUGGCGGGAAUCUUCGAGAGACGAACGAUACUGCUCCAGAGGCAGCUACGUUUGACAUGGGUUCGGCAACAAGCUUUUCCCACAACGUCUUCCAAAAGGGGCAGACGGUGGAUUAUUGGUCAGCCGCCACAAAGACAUGGCUGCCAGCCGAGAUCCUCGAUGUCAGGGACGCCAGCUACGACAUACGGGUUGGGGCUGCCGAGCAGACAGUGCACGGCGUAAGCGUAAAGGACCUGCGCGUGCCAUUCGAUGAAGUCGAAUCGGCGAAGGUGCACGAGGUUCACACCCCCACACAGAGUGUAUCCAACGCCGCAGGGGCACCAGAGCGUGCCACAGCGCACCUAGUGCCGGCGGCCGAGGAUGUUUUCAUCGUCUGAUUUUUUUGCUCGAUGUCCGAGACUUUUGUUUUUGUAUAGGAGCGCCCGUGCGCUGUGCAUGGUACUGUUCUCGACGCCUCGCCUCGCAAUAGCCUUCAUUACAACUCAGGCUGACCACGUGGCCUCAAUGUAGGCUGAGCUUGGCUCCAGAAGUAUCUUCCAUGUGCUCAUCUGUCUCCAUCCGUGCGAUGAGAGAAGUCGGUGUCGGUCGAGUAUCUCUCGACGCGUACAGAGCACGUUCGUCUUCUUGCCACAGAGGAAAGGAGACAGAGCUCGAAGGGCCAGCUUUCCCAAAGAAGUGCUGUACUUGGGCGGAUUUUACUUGACUCUCCUACGCUUGAACCUUCACAGUGCAGUAACUUACGUUUUGGGGUCCACGCUGGCAAGCAUGUGUCAUUGACUCUCCUCAUGCCUCUCCAAGUUGAUAGCCUUGCACGGCGGCAGGCCGCUGACGGGAGCAUUAGUGUGGCAGCAAGGUCGAGGGAUCUUCGGCGCCAGCAGUGAGUGAGUGAAGCGUGUAAACUUGGACGCAUUUCAUUGCCAGGAGUUGUUUGUUUAUACCUGCUGUGUUCGAGGUGUCGGCGUGUGGAAGACGCUCUCCGUUCGUCGUCGUCGCCGUCGCCGUUCUCCCCCUUUCCCUGGGCCCUUCUCCUCAAGCGCGCCAGCCAACGCGAAAUUCAGCAACGCCGUAGUUGAGUCGGAGGGGCGCAUUGCGGAAAACGCGGGGUCGACAGAACCUGCAGUUUGUCGAAGUCACCUUUGUGCAGCUGCGUGUAGCGCGCAGGGCGUGGCCCUCUCCUCGUAUGUUGCACGGCGAUGGGUGGUAGUUCGAUGAGG